AUUUUUCCACCUCACGCUCUCACUCUCGCUCUCCCGCCUCCCGCAUCUCAGAAAACCCUAGCACACCCGCCGCCGCGCACCACCACCACCAGCAACCAUGGGUGAGAAUCUCGUUCUCCGCGGCACCAUGAGGGCGCAUACCGACAUGGUGACGGCCAUCGCCAUCCCAAUCGACAACUCCGAGAUGAUCGUUAGCGCCUCCCGCGACAAGUCCAUCAUCCUCUGGCACCUGAACAAGGACGAGAAGACCUACGGUGUCCCCCGCCGCAGGCUCACCGGGCAUUCCCACUUCGUCGAGGAUGUUGUCCUCUCCUCCGACGGCCAGUUCGCGCUGUCUGGAUCCUGGGACGGCGAGCUCCGCCUCUGGGACUUGGCCCUCGGCGUCUCUGCUCGCCGCUUUGUGGGUCACACCAAGGAUGUGCUCUCCGUGGCUUUCUCGAUUGAUAACCGUCAGAUCGUAUCGGCUUCCCGUGACCGCACGAUCAAGCUCUGGAACACUCUCGGUGAGUGCAAGUUCACCAUCCAGGACCAGGAUGGGCAUGGCGAUUGGGUCAGCUGCGUCAGGUUCAGCCCCAGUACGAUGCAGCCUACCAUUGUAUCCGCCUCGUGGGACAAGACUGUGAAAGUUUGGAACUUGUCUAACUGCAAGCUGAGGAACACUCUUGAGGGCCACAAUGGGUAUGUGAACACCGUUGCGGUGUCACCUGAUGGUUCGUUGUGCGCCAGCGGAGGCAAAGACGGAGUAAUUCUGCUCUGGGAUUUGGCAGAGGGCAAGAGGCUGUAUCAUCUUGAGGCCGGCUCCAUCAUCCACGCUCUCUGCUUCAGUCCCAAUAGGUACUGGCUGUGUGCCGCAACCGAGCAGAGCAUCAAGAUUUGGGAUUUGGAGAGCAAGUCCAUUGUGGAGGAGUUGAAGGUCGAUCUCAAGACCGAGGCUGAGAAGACUGAGGAUACCCAUGCUGCUACUUCAUACAAGAAGAAGGUUAUAUACUGUACAAGUUUGAACUGGAGCGCUGAUGGCAGCACCUUGUUCAGUGGCUACACUGACGGAGUUAUCAGAGUCUGGGGUAUCGGCCGUUGAAAUUGAAGUUAAGAGUGAUUGAUUUCCAGAACUUAUGUUUUCUCGAGGAUAACUGAGUUACCUUCUUUAAAUGUAGUUGGUCUUAAAGUUUUAUUUAGGGUUUUGCUGGAUUUUUAUCAUUUUGUUUGACAAUAUAUGGCUUUGAGGCCAAGCUACUUUAGUUUCGGUUUUCAAAUUAAGAUUUGAUAUUGGCUUUU